AUGGGCGGCCCCUGGAACGGCAGCGGCGGCCCCGAGGGCGCGCGGGAGCCGCCGUGGGCCGAGCUGCCGCCGUGCGACGAGCGCCGCUGCUCGGCCUUCCCCCUGGGGGCGCUGGUGCCGGUGACGGCCGUGUGCCUGGGCGUGUUCGCCGUCGGGGUGAGCGGCAACGUGGUGACCGUGCUGCUGAUCGGGCGCUACCGCGACAUGCGGACCACCACCAACUUGUACCUGGGCAGCAUGGCCGUGUCCGACCUGCUGAUCCUGCUCGGGCUGCCGCUCGACCUGUACCGCCUCUGGCGCUCGCGGCCCUGGGUGUUCGGGCCGCUGCUCUGCCGCCUGUCGCUGUACGUGGGCGAGGGCUGCACCUACGCCACGCUGCUGCACAUGACGGCGCUCAGCGUCGAGCGCUACCUGGCCAUCUGUCGCCCGCUCCGCGCCCGCGCCCUCGUCACCCGGCGCCGCGUCCGCGCGCUCAUCGCCGCGCUCUGGGCUGUGGCGCUGCUCUCCGCCGGGCCCUUUUUCUUCCUGGUGGGCGUCGAGCGGGACCCAGACGUCUACGCGAUCGCGGACCUGAACGGCACCGCACAGCUCACGCGCUCACCCCCGGCCUCGCCGCCGCCCCGCCUCGGGCCCUCGCGGGCGCCACCGCUGUCCCCGCCGUCGGGGCGCGAGGCCGCGGCGGCCGCGGCGCUGUUCAGCCGCGAGUGCCGGCCGAGCCGCUCGCAGCUGGGCGCCCUGCGCGUCAUGCUGGGGGUCACCACCGCCUACUUCUUCCUGCCCCUCCUGUGCCUCAGCGUCCUCUACGGGCUCAUCGGGCGGGAGCUGUGGAGGCGCCGGGGGCCGCUGCGAGGCCCGGCCGCCCGCGGACGGGAGAAGGGCCACCGGCAGAACGUCCGCGUCCUGCUGAUGGUGGUUCUGGCAUUUGUAGUUUGCUGGUUGCCUUUCCACGUCGGCAGGAUCAUUUACAUAAAUACGGAAGAUUCCCGGACGAUGCAUUUCUCUCAGUACUUUAACAUUGUUGCGCUGCAACUUUUCUAUCUGAGCGCAUCCAUCAACCCGAUCCUGUACAACCUCAUCUCAAAGAAGUAUAGAGCAGCGGCCUGUAAACUGCUGCUCACAAGACGGUCCGGGCCAAGAGGUUUCUGUGGCAGCAGGGACGCUGCGGGGGACGUUGGGGGAAACGCUGGAGGAGACACAGCCGGCGACGCAGAGACGAGCACUAACGUAAAGACAAGGGUCACCACCUCCCACGGUUCUGGGACUUCCGGGAAAACAGAGAGGUACUGCCUCAACGUCGUCUCCGAGAUCAGGGCCGUAUUUUGUUUUUAUGUUUUAGAUAUCAUCAGUAUAAUGGUGCGUAUGCAAGGAACCAAGACAGGUGGUGUCAUGAAGCUGGGCCCCAGCCACUCCCUCCCCCCGGACAGAGGUACGUGCUGGCAUUCCAGCAACUUCUCUGAGCCCUCUCCCUUCUGCAGGCCAAAUCACUUUGUUAGCAGAAACUCAGGACUGCAGUCUAAUAAUGACUCUCUGGCCCCUCAGCUCUUCAGUACCUUAACCUCCACCUGUGGGCCCAGCCCGCCCACCUGCAAUGCUGAGAUCCUUCCACCUGCCAGCCAGACCCAGGCCUGGCCCCAAGCCUUCCUUGACAGUGCUUAUUCUGGCCCUGCCCCUUUGAUGUUAAGUGGUGGAGUUGGUGGGAUUUGCCUCUGGCUUGCUGUAUAUCCAGUGGAUUGUAUCGAAUCCAGAAUUCAAGUUCUUUCCAUGUCUGGAAGACAGGCAGGCUUUAUCGGAACCUUUUUAAGUGCCGUGAGAAAUGAAGGAAUAAUGGCCUUGUAUUCCGGACUGAAACCUACUAUGAUUCGAGCGCUCCCUGCCAACGGGGCAUUAUUUUUGGCCUAUGAGUACAGCAGGAAGUUGAUGAUGAGCCAGCUGGAAGCAUCCUGA